GACUCCGCCCCCGCCAUUCUAAAAUAGGGAUAUGAGCAGUCUGGCUUGGUACACUCGGCUGACACCAUAUGGCUUGAACUGAUCUUAGUCAGCACAAAGGGACCCCAGCCUUGCAAAGUGAUUGAUCGAUAACUCAGAUUAAGGCCAGCCAUCCACCGGCUCGGUUGGGCCUCCUGUUUCAAGCCAUGGUGGGAGUUCCCCACAGCACCGGCUGUGAAAGCUGUCGGAAGCGCAAGAAGAAAUGCGACAACAGGGCACCCGCAUGCACGGCCUGUGUCGCCUCGGGGCGCAUUUGCCCAGGAUAUCAAAAAAAGUAUAAAUUUAUCAAUGAAAACGCAUCUCUCCUGGCUCAUUAUCGCAAGAAGAAGUACCUCCUAGAAGAAAUUGGUGCUGACCCGGAUGAGACUGUGGCUUUAUCGAGAUCCACGAGGAAUCACAUUUACCACACCGUUUACUCUUCCAACUGGAUACGCUGGCCCUUGGUUUCUGACCGGGAUCAUGAUAGCGCCAAUUUAGUUUAUAUUCUGCAGGAUCCCACGAGUCAGAUGGUCUUCCCCUUGAGAUCACAUGGGGGUUUUUAUCAGUAUAUUCCAAGUCGAUUGGGGCGAAAUAUAGCUCUGGACUCUGCCGUUGCUUGUCUUUGUACUGUGUAUGCGAAUCUCGUGGCGGCUAAAGGGACUAUUUCGAAAGAUGCUUGGCGCAAAUAUGCCCGGAGCAUUGGGGCGCUACGCUUGUGCCUGGAUGAUCCCGAUCGUUGCUUCCAAUCGGAGACUAUCUGUGCUUCGAUUGUAUUGCAGAUCUCUUGACAAAUGCCGAUAAUGGUCGGUGGAACCAGUUGACGCAUGGGACUAAGGCUCUCAUUCAGAAUUGUGGCAUACGUCGGUUUCAGGAGCCGUUUGA